GAUACAUAUACACUCUGUACCACACUCUUUGUCCAUUCCUGGCCAUGUGCUGUGCGGUGCCCAUUUGAUAUCAUAUUCAUCCACCUUCCACUUCCCUUCCCUUUGUUUAUUUAUAGUAUUAUUAAAAAGGUGUCUUUAUUAAGUUAUCUAGCUUCUUCACUUCGAGUUCAUUCAUUCAUUCAGUGAAAUGGCACCGAACUUGGUGUUAUUAUGUGUUAGUGUUUACCUCUUUGCCAUCACUACAACUAUUAUUGUUGCUGAAGAUCCAUACAGGUUCUUCAACUGGAACGUUACCUAUGGUGACAUUUAUCCACUUGGUGUUCGCCAACAGGGAAUACUUAUCAAUGGCCAAUUCCCAGGACCAGACAUUCAUUCUGUGACAAAUGAUAAUCUCAUUAUCAAUGUCUUCAACAGCUUGGAUGAACCUUUUCUCAUUUCAUGGAAUGGAGUCCAGCAGAGAAGGAACUCAUACGAAGAUGGAGUGUUUGGAACAACAUGUCCCAUUCCACCUGGAAAGAACUUCACAUACAUACUUCAAGUAAAAGAUCAAAUUGGUAGUUUCUAUUAUUUCCCAUCUCUUGCAUUCCACAAAGCUGCUGGUGGUUUUGGAGGAAUUAGAAUUCUAAGUAGGCCAAGAAUUCCCGUUCCCUUCGAUGAUCCCGCUGGUGAUUACACUGUCCUCAUUGGAGAUUGGUACAAGUCCAACCACACGGAUUUGAAGGCCCAACUUGAUAACGGAAAGAAGUUGCCUUUCCCUGAUGGAAUUCUUAUCAAUGGUCGUGGGUCUGGAGGAUCAUCUCUCAAUGUGGAGCAAGGAAAGACUUACAGGCUUAGAAUAUCAAACGUGGGAUUGGAAAAUUCACUCAACUUUCGCAUACAGAACCACAAGAUGAAGCUGGUAGAAGUGGAAGGAACACACACCCUCCAAACCACCUAUUCCUCCCUUGACGUUCACGUCGGUCAAUCAUACUCAGUUCUAGUAACCGCAGAUCAACCUAGUCAAGACUAUUAUAUUGUUGUUUCCUCUCGAUUUACCAAUCCUGUACUCACCUCCACUGGAAUUCUUCGCUACAGCAACUCUGCAGGCCCAGUUUCAGGUCCACCCCCCGGUGGACCCACCAUCCAAAUCGACUGGUCCUUGAACCAAGCCCGUUCUAUUAGGACAAACCUGACGGCAAGUGGACCAAGACCAAAUCCGCAAGGAUCAUACCAUUACGGCAUGAUAAACUUAACGAGGACAAUUGUACUAUCAAGUUCAGCUGGACAAGUUAAUGGGAAACAAAGAUACGCAAUUAACAGCGUGUCUUAUGUUGCCCCCGACACUCCUCUUAAGCUGGCUGAUUUCUUCAAGAUAGCAGGUGUUUACCGUCCUGGAAGCAUCUCUGAUAGACCUAGUGGUGGUGGUAUUUACCUCGACACUUCUGUUAUGCAAACUGACUACAGAACAUUUGUUGAGAUUGUUUUCCAAAAUGACGAAGACAUCCUUCAGAGCUAUCAUCUAGAUGGCUACUCUUUCUUUGUUGUUGGUAUGGAUGGAGGACAAUGGACAAGUGAUAAAAGGAACCAGUACAAUCUUCGAGAUGCAGUUUCGCGUUCCACCACUCAGGUAUAUCCAAAGUCAUGGACUGCUAUCUAUGUUCCACUUGACAAUGUGGGAAUGUGGAACUUGAGGUCAGAAUUUUGGGCACGACAAUAUCUUGGGCAACAGUUUUAUAUGCGUGUAUACACAACAUCAACAUCACUCAGAGAUGAAUACCCUAUUCCUAAGAAUGCAUUACUUUGUGGUAGGGCAACUGGAAGACAUACUCGACCCCUUUGAUGACUUACUUAGCUACCACAUGAAUCAAUAUUACUUACUUAAUUAGCCUUUAUUAGAAGAAUAUGAUCAAAAAAGCAGCUACCUUGUCUGCUUCUUCUUUUAUUGUUCGAUUGCUUUCAUUAAUUAUUGAUGUUGAACUAUAAAUGACCCCUACUCGAGGUCACAUUCUUUCUCAUAAGCAAACAGAAACAAUAUAUUAUAUUCCAUUUAUAAUCUUCCCAAA